AUGGUGACGCCGUGCCCCGCCAGCCCUGCCGCCCGGGCUGGGACAGGGGACAAUAACCAGUACCUGCGAGCCCCGGUCAAGAAAAGCAGGCGCCCGCGCCUCCGGAGGAAGCAGCCGCUGCAGCCGCUGAGCCCGUGCCGGCUCCCGGGGGACUCUGGCAUCGGCGACCUGUUCGAGUCCCCCGGCUCAGGCUCAGACGGCGCAGGCAGCCCCGCGGCCACCGGGGGGCGAGGCCCCGCGCAGCAGUCGUUGCAGCUGGACCUGCAGACCUUCCGCGACUACGGGCAGAGCUGCUACGCCUUCCGCAAGGCGCGGGAGAGCCACUUCCACGCGCGGGAGGCGCUGGCGCGGCAGCCGCAGGUGACCGCCGAGUCCCGCUGCAGGCUGCUCAGCUGGCUGAUCCCCGUGCACCGCCAGUUCGGCCUCUCCUUCGAGUCGCUGUGCCUGACGGUGAACACGCUGGACCGCUUCCUCGCCACCACGCCUGUGGCUGCGGACUGCUUCCAGCUGCUCGGGGUCACGUCCCUGCUCAUCGCUUGCAAACAGGUGGAGGUGCACCCGCCGCGCGUGGAGCAGCUCCUGGCUUUGUGCUGCGGCGCCUUCUCCCGGCAGCAGCUCUGCAACCUCGAGCGCAUCGUGCUGCACAAGUUGCGCUUCAGCCUGGGCGCACCCACCGUCGGCUUCUUCCUGGAGCACUUCACGCACGCGCGCGUGGACGCCGGGCAGGCCCCGGCCUCCCAAGCGCUGGAGGCGCAGGCGCUGGCGCAGGGCGUGGCGGAGCUGAGCCUGGCCGACUACGCCUUCUGCGGCUACGCGCCCUCGCUGCUGGCCAUCUGCUGCCUGGCGCUGGCCGACGGCCUGCUCCGGCUCCCGCGCCGCCUGGACCUGAGCCUGGGCGGGCACGCCGAGCCCGAGCUGCAGGACUGCCUGGGCAAGCUGCGGCUACUCGUGGCCAUCAACGGGACCUCCCUGGCGCACCUGCUGCCCCUCCAGAUCUGUGACAAGUGCCGCUUGUCCCCGAGCUCGAAAUAA